AUGAAGUUGAACGCCAUUGUGAUCCUAUUGGCCUGCUGCCUGCUGUUCGCACAGGCGGCACCCGAGAAGAAGAACAUGUCGCAGAAGUCGCGCCAGGUGGAGCAGGAUGCCAAGGUCGGAGGAGUGGCAGGAGUGGCUGGUGUGGCCGGUGUGGCCGGUGUGGCCGGAUCCAGUGCAGGAUCCUCCGCCACCGCCGCCAAGGAUCCCUCUAGCGGACGUCUGUUCCUAAAGAAGUUCCUCACCUUCAAGAACCUCUUCAGCAGCAACAACCAGCCGGUGAUCCCCAUCAUCAUCACGGGCGCCGGAACGGGUACGGGCACGACCACGAGCCCUACAGCCUCGCCCACGGUGACGGUGACCUCGACGGGCACCAUUCCCUCGGCCACGGGCACCAUCACCACCUCACCCACCACGCCCACGACAUCGCCGACGACGACGGCGCGCCGAACGGUGAUCAAGGGAGCCCGCUACGGCAGCCAGGAUGACGACGACCAGGAGCAGGAGCCGGAGAAGGAUCAGGAGCUGGAGAUGGAGCAGGAACAGGAGCAGGAGCAGGAGCUGGAGCAGGCGGCCCAGAUGCCCGCCCAGGCGUAUCCCGCCGACCUGAUGGACGAACAGGCUCUGCAGGCCGCCUUGGCUGCCGGCGCCCAGGAGUACGAGGUGGUCACCGAUCACGAGCUGCAGGGCACCGGCGGAUCAUCCGGCGAGGGGGCCAAGGCCACCCAGGGCAGCAACACCAUCAGCCUGAGGCGCAAGGGCGCCCGCCGCGGCCAGGUGAUCAGCGUCCGCAUCCCGCCCAGGUACCGUCGCUACUUUAAGAACGGCCAGAAGGUGAUGCUCAACACCGGCCGUCGUCCCGGUGGCAAGCGCCGCGUGGUCCGCAAGCGUGUGCCGGCCAAGAAGGUCAACCGCAAGAACAACCGGAGGCGCAACGGCAACAAGAAGAACCGUCGCAAUCGCAACAAGAACCGCCGCACCCGCCUCACCGGCGUCUAA